AGAGUCGUCUAGCCAGAGCCCUGCGUGGCCGAGCUCAGGCCUCAGCAGCAUCCUUGGGUUGGAGCAGCUGCAAGGCAGCCACAAGGGCCGCAGCCAUGAAUGGGACGGAGGGCCCAAACUUCUACGUGCCUUUCUCCAACAAGACGGGCGUGGUGCGCAGCCCCUUUGAGUAUCCGCAGUACUACCUGGCUGAGCCAUGGCAGUUCUCCAUGCUGGCCGCCUACAUGUUCAUGCUGAUUGUGCUUGGCUUCCCCAUCAACUUCCUCACGCUCUACGUCACAGUCCAGCACAAGAAGCUGCGCACGCCCCUCAACUACAUCCUUCUCAACCUGGCAGUGGCCGACCUCUUCAUGGUCUUCGGAGGCUUCACCACCACCCUCUACACCUCUCUGCAUGGAUACUUUGUCUUCGGACCCACAGGAUGCAACUUGGAGGGAUUCUUUGCCACCCUGGGCGGUGAAAUCGCCCUGUGGUCCUUGGUGGUCCUGGCCAUUGAACGGUACGUGGUGGUGUGUAAGCCUAUGAGCAACUUCCGCUUCGGGGAGAACCACGCCAUCAUGGGCCUGGCCCUCACCUGGGUCAUGGCUCUGGCCUGCGCUGCGCCCCCUCUCGUCGGCUGGUCCAGGUACAUCCCAGAGGGCCUGCAGUGCUCGUGCGGGAUUGACUACUACACACUCAAGCCGGAGGUCAACAAUGAGUCCUUCGUCAUCUACAUGUUCGUGGUCCACUUCUCCAUCCCCUUGGUCAUCAUCUUCUUCUGCUACGGGCAGCUGGUCUUCACAGUCAAGGAGGCUGCCGCCCAGCAGCAGGAAUCAGCCACCACACAGAAGGCCGAGAAGGAGGUCACUCGCAUGGUCAUCAUCAUGGUCGUGGCUUUCCUGAUCUGCUGGCUGCCCUACGCCAGUGUGGCAAUCUACAUCUUCACCCACCAGGGCUCCGACUUUGGCCCCAUCUUCAUGACCAUCCCAGCCUUCUUUGCCAAGAGCGCCUCCAUCUACAACCCCGUCAUCUAUAUCAUGAUGAACAAGCAGUUCCGGAACUGCAUGCUCACCACGCUCUGCUGUGGCAAGAACCCACUGGGUGAUGAUGAGGCCUCCACCACCACCUCCAAGACAGAGACCAGCCAGGUGGCACCGGCCUAAGCCCCGCCAAGGACUCUGUGGCUCUGCGGCUCUGUAGGAGUCUCCCCACCCCUGCCCAUCCCAGCCACAGCCACCACACCAGGAGCCGCACCUGUCAGAACCAGGUCACACAGGGUCCCUGAGUUUCAACCAAACAAACACAAAAUUUAACGAGAGAAAAAUAUGAGGCUCCUCACUUGGUGGGGGUGGCAGAUCUGGAGUCCUAAUUUCUCAAAGGCUGGUGGGAUUUGUACCCCUCCCCCCAGUUCGUCUCUCAGGAACACAAGAACUCUUGCUCUGGAAAAGUGUCCCAGCUUAGGGAUAAGUUUCUAGCACAGAGUGGGGCACACAGUAGGUACUUAAUAAAUGCUAGAUGGAUGAUGGGAGGAAUGACUGGGAAGUGAGUGGAGAGAUGAAUGGGCAGGGAGAGCAUGUCUGUCCUUCUCAAGCACCUUAGCAGCAGGAGCAGCAGCCACUCAUCCUCGGCUCAUGAACUUGAGCACAAGUCUUUCCUUUCCUGGGCCUCACUUCCUUCCCCAUAAAAUGGAAAAAUGGAAAUCCCAAAUCCCCCCACGGCUGCUGUGAAGAUCAAAUGAGCAUUGUGUGUGUGUGUGUGUGUGUGAGCACAGGCUCGCAUGCCUGCAUGUGUGUGUGCACAAGCACUUUGUAAAUAGUAGAGAGCUGUACAGAUUGUAGUUAACAUUAUGAAUAAUAUCAAUUAAUAUAACUAAUGCAACACUAUGAUCAUUUCCUAUUGAUAGUGACCAUUCUGAGAUUGGGCACGGCCCUGAGCAUCCAGCCUUGGCAGGUUUUUAAAAAUUAGUGGGGAUUCAGCAUUUGGGAUGGAAAUCUUCUAAAAUUAGGUCGUGAUUGAUGGUGUACAACUAUUAAUAUAAUAAAAUUCAUUGAGUUAUUAAAAAAAAUAGCCAGGGGGUUCCUGCUGUGUGGCACUGUGGGCUAAAAUUUUGGCAUUUUCACAGCUAUGUAGAUUGCAGCUGCUGCUUGGACUCGAUCCCUGGCCUGGGAACUUCCAUGUGCCACGGGUACAGCCAAAAAAGAAAAAAAAAAUUCCAGGCACCAAGGCCAGACUAGGGCUGGGGUUUUGGGCCACAGGGAGGGACAGUCAGGGAAAUGCGGAAUGCAGUCACUGGGCCUGAGAAAACAACAUCGGGGGACUGGAGUUCUGGAACCAGGGUCUCACCUCCAGCAUGGAGCCCUGGGCCUGGGGCCGCUCCUUCCCAAUGCAUUCUGUAGAGGAACAUACUUUUCUCUCAGCUUCUAGAAACCACUUGCUCUCCUGCCCAGCACCCAAGCCACAGCAUCUCUGGUACGGAGCUUCUAGAAGCUAUGCUCACCUUCCCACAUUUAAUGAAGUGCUGAGCCCCCAGUGUCACCCUUGUCCCAGAGGGCUUAGAAACAAAGAGUGGGAAAUCCAGCUGGGCCUACCUUCCCUGAGGAGGUUCACAGGUCUCAGAUUUCGGCUCCCUUGCUGGGUGAGCCUUCAGUGGCCCCAGGCCAUUCUCCACUCUGGACAGUCCUUGUUGCAAAGCUGGCUGGAAGUCUGGGGCAUCAGAAUUGAGCCGCCUCAGUAAUUGAGCCGUCCUGCUGCAUGUAACCAAAGCUGGAAGCUCUAACUCCCCUGGCUCUGCCUAGAGACAAAGGCAACCUGGGGCAUUAAAAGCUCAGCUUCUA